GCACAAGAAAAGAAUCCCAACGGCUCUAAUGCGGUGGAUCCAGAUAAGUGACCGUUGGUAGGGCCACUUGUCAGCUUUUCGAAUUAUAUAACCGUUGCUUCUCCUCAUGUCAGACCCAACACCCUUCAGGCCAGAGAGGCAAGGAAUCAGUGCGGAGUUGAGAAAACCGAGCAAGAGGGUGAUAGUCAUCUGCCAUGACUGUUGAGGUUAAAUCCGAAGAAACCCAGAUGGUUGAAGUCGUUGUUCCUGGAUCGGAGUCUGCAAAGGUCGCGGAAGAGACCAAGGAAGCCGUCCGAGAAAAUGCCCAAGAGAAGGUGGACGUUGAACCCCAAACCAAAACUGUUGAGAAGAGCUCGUCUUUCAAGGAGGAGAGCAACUUUUUCACUGAUCUGAAGGAGGCCGAGAGAAAGGCCUUGAUUGAGUUGAGAUUUAAACUUGAAGAAGCCAUCCUUGGAAACAGUUUGUUCGUGAAAGAUGAAAAGAAAAUAGAUGAAAAAAAAUCACGGAGCGAAGGUGAGGGGAGUAAAGAUGAAGCAGAAAAACAGGACAAAUCGAAAUCUGAAGGAGAUGAGAAGGAGAAAGUGAAAGUGGGAGAAGAAGGUGACGAAGAAAAGAAACCCAAGGAUGAGAAAGAGAGUAAGCCAGAUUUAGAAGUGGAAGAGAACAGCGUCGAAAUUGAUAGGGAUAUAUCCCUCUGGGAAGUACCCUUGCUGCCUAGUAAGGCUGCGGAGGGCACCGACGUUAUCCUCCUCAAGUUCCUGAGAGCUAGAGAAUUCAAGGUCAAUGAGGCCUUCGAGAUGCUCAAAAAGACCCUUCAAUGGCGGAAGGAGUUCAAGACUGGCUCGAUCUUGAAUGAGGAUUUGGGCUCAGAUCUUGCCUCCACUGCUUACAUUACGGGUUUAGAUCGCGAAGGUCACCCAGUUUGCUACAAUGUCUAUGGAGCGUUUGCUAAUGAAGAACUAUAUCAGAAGACUUUCGGCACUGAAGAACAACGUCUGAGGUUUUUGAGGUGGAGGAUCCAGUUUAUGGAGGACGGAAUUCGGAAUCUCGAUCUCAGGCCCGGUGGCGUCUCGUCUUUGCUCCAAAUUAAUGAUCUCAAGAACUCCCCCGGACCGUCAAAGAAGGAGCUUCGGGUCGCCACAAAACAAGUUGUUGGGAUUCUCCAAGACAAUUAUCCCGAGUUUGUUGCCAGAAAUAUAUUCAUUAAUGUUCCAUUCUGGUAUUAUGCCUUUCAUUCCCUCUUAUCUCCUUUCUUAACCCAAAGAACCAAGAGCAAAUUCGUCUUUGCUCGCCCAUCCAAGGUCACUGAAACCCUGCUCAAAUACAUUCCAGCCAAUGAAAUCCCAGUCCAGUACGGCGGCUUCAGUCGGGUGAGAGAUUUUGAGUUCUCCGCUGCAGAUGGUGGAGUCUCGGAGCUUAUCGUCAAGGCAGGAUCAACUCGAACUAUCGAGAUACCUGUACAUGAGGUUGGAACCACAUUCAUUUGGGAUCUCGCUGUCUUGGGUUGGGAAGUGAACUACAAGGAGGAAUUUGUCCCGACGGAUGAAGGGUCUUAUACCAUCCUAAUUCAGAAGGGGAAGAAGAUGAGCUCGCAUGAAGCACCGAUUCGCAACACUUUCAAGAACAACGAGCCUGGAAAAAUCGUCCUUACAAUCGAGAACGGGUCAAGCAAGAAGAAGAUGGUCCUGUAUCGGUACAAGGUCAAGAAGAGCCGCUUAUUUUGAUCCAAAUUUUCUAUUUUACAAAGAGACUUUUAGCAUUGGGGGAAUGUGAGGAAGACUAGACUGGCUGUGUCAUAUUUAAUUGCUGUGUUUGUCAUAUUCUUUUAUGGUUGGCGUAAUAUCAUUCUUUUAGCAGGAUCAGCGUGAACCUGUCUAUGAUUUAUUUGUACUGUUGAGUUUUACCUAUUGCAAUCUUGCUAGGUGCUGGAGAUUGUUUUUUGUUGUGUAAGAUAUCUGUUAAGAUUGAUUAAAUUAAAUGAAGUUCACAUGUUUUUACUAAA